CUUCUCCACCUCUGUUUGGAUGCCGAGAAAAUUCAAUUUUCCCUUCUGCUAAAAUUUUAGUGGAGGUGAGAAAUUUGUCUGUUGCCGGAUACGCUCGCAUUGGAGGAGUGAAAUGGCGGUUUCUUCGAUUCAGAUGCUCGGAGGCUUGAGGCCACCCAGAGUUUCUCUUAUAGCUCAAGCGAGAGUACCGUUCACGUCUUCCGGUUCGGUGGAGUACGCCUUGGGUCCAUUAACGGAAGGUUUUGUAGCUUCUAGAAUUUCCAUGUCUCGGAUCCGGGCCACGGUUGGUGAGGAUGGACUGAGAACCGACGAUGAUUCCAUGCAUAAUAAUGUCGAUGACAAUCAGGUGGGGAAGCAGCCAGAGCGUGAUUUUUCCGGCACACCAUAUGUCCCUGUAUAUGUGAUGCUGCCGCUGGGUGUCGUUGAUAUGAAUUGCGAGUUGGUCGAUCAAGAGGGUCUUCGGAACCAGCUAAUGAUACUGAAGUCAGUUAAUGUUGAUGGGGUAAUGUUGGACUGUUGGUGGGGGAUAGUCGAGCGGCACACUCCUCAGGUCUAUAAUUGGAGUGGCUAUAAGAGGCUUUUCCAGAUUGUGCGUGAACUUGGGCUCAAGAUACAGGUUGUUUUGUCAUUUCAUGAAUGCGGAGGCAAUGUUGGAGAUGAUGUGCACAUUCCACUUCCCCAGUGGGUAAGAGAAAUCGCUGAGAGUAAUCCUGACAUAUAUUUCACAGACAGAGAGGGAAAGCGAAAUUCUGAAUGCCUCACAUGGGGAAUUGAUAAGGAACGUGUUUUAAAGGGCCGUACUGCUGUUGAGGUCUACUUUGACUAUAUGAGAAGUUUCCGUGUAGAAUUUGAUGAAUUCUUCGUGGAUGGAAUCAUCUCUGAGAUUGAAGUUGGACUAGGUCCAUGUGGAGAGCUGCGCUAUCCUUCUUAUCCUGCAAAACAUGGAUGGAGAUAUCCUGGUAUAGGUGAAUUUCAGUGUUAUGAUAAGUAUUUGAUGAAGAGUCUGAGUAAAGCAGCAGAAGUUAGGGGACACACAUUCUGGGCCAGAGGGCCGGAUAAUGCAGGUUCUUAUAAUUCCAUGCCACAUGAUACUGGAUUCUUUCGUGAUGGAGGUGAUUAUGAUAGCUACUACGGAAGAUUCUUUCUUAAUUGGUAUUCUCAAGUAUUGGUUGAUCAUGGUGAUCGUGUGCUUGCUCUAGCAAACUUAGCUUUUGAAGAAACCAGCAUUGCUGCAAAGCUAUCAGGUAUUCAUUGGUGGUAUAAAACAGCAAGCCAUGCUGCUGAGUUGACUGCUGGGUUUUACAAUCCAGCAAAUCGUGAUGGUUAUGCUCCAAUUGUAGUGAUGUUGAAGAAGCAUGAGGCUGCAAUGAACUUUACAUGUGUGGAACUACGCACCCUGGAUCAGAAUGAGGAUUUCCCAGAGGCAUUGGCUGAUCCUGAGGGAUUAGUUUGGCAGGUGCUGAAUGCCGCAUGGGAUGCUUCCAUACCGGUUGCUAGUGAGAAUGCUCUAGCUUGUUAUGACAGAGAAGGCUAUAACAAGAUAUUAGAAAACGCAAAGCCUCGGAAUGACCCAGAUGGUCGACAUUUAUCAGUUUUUACCUACCUCAGACUUGGCCCAACUCUAAUGGAGAGAGACAACUUCUCGGAGUUUGAAAGAUUUGUCAAGAGAAUGCAUGGGGAAGCAGUCUCAGAUCUACAAUCCUAAUGAAAACUGAGCUUAACCUUAACCCGAUUCCCGGAUUGAUGGGCAGGUUGUUGCUCAGGAGCAAGACACAGUUAAACUGGUAUGGUUUGACAAGUUCAGUUAUGCUCAUGAUCAUGAUCAUAUUGCUGAAGAGUAAUUAAUCAGAAAAUUCCAUCUAAUUCUUCUAAAAAAAUGUUCUACCUUGGUGGUGGGUUUAUGGAAAUUAUGAAUCCUUAACAAUCAAUAUAUAUAUAUAUAUAUAUUAGUGUCAGACUACAUUUACUUACUAGUGUUAAAAGUCAUAUAGUUUUGCUAAAGGUCAACAUUUUGUAAAUUACCACCUUUUCCCAUCUACGUAAUUAAUCUUCUUUGUAAGAAAUUACUUGGUCAAAAUUAAUUACUAUUUGGUCAACAUUUGCUAACUAUUUUGUCCUUUUGUUAAUAUUUGGCUUCCUUUUGUAUUGCUAUCCUCUACUUACCUGUUUUGUCUAUCUAUAUAGCACCAUCAGUAUAGGGUACAUGUUUUUCUUCCACAAAAAUAAAAAAUGCUUCAA